ACUCUCAUCACUCCAACUCAUUCUCCAUUCAACUCUAAUUAUAACCAACCCCUCCUCAACAAUCCUCUCCCUCUCCCUCUUAACUUGCCCGUAUCAGUUCCGGCUUUGCGGUCAGAUCACAUGGCCCUGGAAGCUCUCAAGUCCCCUACUGCCGCUCCUCCCUCCUUCCCUUUCGAAUUGGACUCCAAUCUUCACUCCUUGGAGCCAUGGACCAAGCGCAAGCGUUCCAAGCGUUCCCGUCUCGACCAUCCUUCCUCAUGCACCGCCGAGGAAGAGUAUCUCGCUCUCUGCCUCAUCAUGCUGGCUCGCGGUGGCUCCGCCGUCUCCCCCACCCAUCCCACCGACUCCGACCGCCAUAGAUCCCCCCAGGACAAUCUUCCCCCGGCUGUAUCUGAGUCGGCUCCACCGUCCGCAACAGAUCCAACCACCGCCCCUAAGCUCAGUUACAAAUGCUCUGUUUGCGACAGGACUUUCUCCUCUUACCAGGCUCUUGGUGGACAUAAGGCCAGUCACAGAAAACUCACUGCAGGCGGCGCUCCCGGGGAAGAUCAAUCCGCCUCCUCCGCCGUCACAAGUACUUCUGCAAACACCACUGCAACUGCAUCCAACGCGGGGGGUAAGUCCCACGAGUGUUCUAUCUGCCACAAGUCCUUCCCCACCGGACAGGCCCUGGGAGGUCACAAGCGCUGUCACUAUGACGGCGGAGCAGCCGCCGCUGGCGGUGGUAGCAGCGCUGUCACUGCCUCGGAAGGAGUUGGAUCCACACAUACCGUUAGCCACAGCCACCGUGACUUCGACCUGAACCUUCCCGCUCUGCCCGACUUCUCGGCCAAGUUCUUAACUCCCGGGGACGACGAGGUGGAGAGCCCUUUGCCGGUCAAGAAGCCGCGUCUUUUGAUGGCACCCAAAAUCGAGGAAGAUCACUGAAUCAGCAUCAAAUUGAAUCAAAUUCUUAGUUUGUUCUUUUAAUUCUUCAUUUGUCAGGGCAUUUCGGGAUUCAUUUGUUCCUGUACAUACAGUACACGGAUCCUAUUCACUGGUUAGACUCUGUAGUUUGACAUUGGAAAUUCAAUUCAUUUAUUUUAAUUAAAAUUCAUUCAUUUUUGUCCUUCUA